UUUAGUCAUUAACUCAACUUACUGCAAAGUUAUACUGAAGUCAUAGCCAGCUGUCGUGAAGGGAGAAAUAGAGUUGGGAUUUAGAUGAGUUAAAAAGAUAACUGACUUUCUCUCUCACUCACCUAUAGACGGGUUGUGAGGUGGAGCUUUAUAUCCCAGACUGACAGACGUCAGAGGUUUGUGUAUUGUUGGAUAAACGAUGUCAAAAACAGACUGCAAGGCAGCUAAAGAUAUGACAGAGGCGAUGGAGGAAACAAUGCAGCGACUUCAAGGAAGAUUCCAGGAAAUCUCUGGACAGCUGGAGACAAAAUUAGAUGAGAUGGGAACACGCAUUGAUGGCCUCGAGAAGAAUGUGGCUGAGCUCAUGACACAAGCUGGUAUGGAGGAGCAGGCCAUUUCAAAGUGACAGCAGGCCAACUGUCAGAUGAGCUCUGUCCAUGUAAUCUCCAAAAACUGUGGCUUGCUGGUGCUUUGCCAGAGUUCCACACUACACUUUCAUCAAACAUCUUCAAAUGGGAUUUCUGUGUUGACAUCAGUGUACCCGUAAAGUUUAUAUCGCUUUAAAGUUUUAGCCAAAUGUCCGCUUUUUCCAAGGUGCUACCAUAUGAUAACAAACGUGUGGAUGCUCUUUCCUUGAUGCCUGAAUCUCUCUGAGAGGCUUUGGAUCACAGUUAACACAUUAUUUAUUUUGAUAGAAAUAUAUAUAUAUAUGUCUAUUUUUUGUCACAGCAAAAAAGAGAACUGUUUGUUUUGGAAGCAUGUACAGUCAGAUUACAGCUGACCAAGAAGCUUAAAGGUACCUUGUGGAGUUUUUGUUGUAAACAAACGUGGUUUUCUUUACAUUCAAUGUUUUCUACCAAAACCUAUUUGUAUCAAAGGCUUAACAAACCUAUUGAAUGCAUUUACUACCUCAUAUAACAUUUUCCAGGCCUUUUUUGAAACCUUGUUUACAUGUUGUGGUCUUUUACGUUUACUGUCACAUUCCUAAUUUUUACCACCACUGACUGUCGAUGUGCAUGUCCAUAUGUGCACAUCAUGUGGCCCUGGUUGAGCAACUGAUGCAAAUAAUACAGGGACCUGCUCGUCAGAACAUUGUUGCUCUACAGCGCCACCGGUGGUCAAACACUCCACAGGACACCUUUAAACAUGGAAAAAGGGCGAUAUUAAAAUCUUUCCACCAAAGACAAAGUAUGGCAUAUCAUGUGGCAGUCAGCAGUUUGAAAAUGAAGUAUAAAGUGGGGGAUUUAAAAGGUUGAAAUACUCUUGAGAAAGAUGCUAACUAAAGGAUUAUAUUAUCUCAUUAUUUGAUUGAUGAAUUUAUUCUGUCUUCAUAUCUGGGAGAAUAUUGUUGAUAAAAUCUAUGCAGUUUAUUUGUAAGUGUAAUACUACUGUAUAUCAUAUAAUGUACAACUGUAUAUCAUGUAUGUCUUCCUUCUUUUUACCUGUGUAACCACUGUCUGCCAGAUUAUCAGUUUAUCACUGUGCACCAAAGUUAAGCCAAAUAAAGAUUUUUUUAAACAA